AUGGAGGUGGGGUUCCUGGGCCUGGGCAUUAUGGGCAAGGCAAUGGCGGCCAACCUCCUCCGCCACGGCUUCCGCGUCACCGUCUGGAACCGGACCCUCGCCAAGUGCCAAGAGCUCGCCGCGCUCGGCGCCACCGUCGGGGAGACGCCCGCCUCCGUCGUCUCCAAGUGCAGAUACACUAUCGCCAUGCUCUCCGACCCCAGCGCCGCCCUAUCAGUUGUCUUUGACAAGGAUGGCGUGCUCGAGCAGAUCGGUAGCGGGAAGGGCUAUGUGGACAUGUCCACUGUCGACGCCGCAACUUCGACCAAGAUUAGCGAGGCAGUUAAACAAAAAGGGGGAGCUUUCCUUGAAGCUCCAGUUUCAGGGAGCAAGAAGCCAGCUGAAGAUGGUCAAUUGGUCAUUCUUGCUGCAGGGGACAAGGCAUUGUAUGACGGUGUGGUUCCUGCAUUUGAUGUACUGGGGAAGAAGUCAUUCUUUCUUGGAGAGAUUGGAAAUGGGGCAAAGAUGAAGCUUGUGGUCAACAUGAUCAUGGGAAGUAUGAUGAAUGCUUUGUCCGAGGGACUCUGUUUGGCCGACAAAAGUGGAUUGAGCCCCCAAACACUUCUCGAUGUACUGGACCUUGGUGCCAUCGCAAACCCAAUGUUCAAGUUGAAGGGGCCUACAAUGGUGCAAGGCAGCUACAACCCUGCGUUUCCUCUGAAACAUCAGCAGAAGGACAUGAGGUUAGCUCUUGCCCUGGGAGAUGAGAACGCCGUCGCCAUGCCUGUCUCAGCAGCUGCCAAUGAGGCGUUCAAGAAGGCGAGGAGCCUGGGGCUGGGGGACCAGGAUUUUUCGGCGGUCUAUGAGGUAGUGAAGGGCGCGGGUGGUUCUGGAUCUGGCCAGGCGUGA